AUGCCUAUUCCCCUCGAGCUUGUCCACCGCGUGUUUCACGCCUAUCCUCACGUACUAGCCUAUGACUUAGAACAAAUCAACGAGUUCCUGAAGCUAUGCUAUGCCGAACGAGAGGUCAUCGCCUUAAUCCAUCAUGCAACAAUCGACACGAUUACUCAAGCACCUCCGCUCCUCCCAGAGAUUCAUGCAGCGUGGAUUGCAGAUCAAACAAAUCUCCCAUUAGACCUCGUCAACUCUCUCUGGGGUGCAUUCAAGGAUGCAAUAUGGACCAUGGCGAGCGAUUCGCAGGAGCUAGCUGCACGCGUACAAAGGUUUGUUGAGUCAGGGUGGGACAAGGGCAUAUCAUAUAAAACCCUGGCUCCACCUUCCAAGAAGUGUAUCAAUGAUGCAUGUAGAGACCGCACAUCUGAAAUGCGCAAGGAAACUAUACGUGAUGGCAUCGUGUUCACGUUUGACAUCGGUAUCCAGUGGGCAAAGGUCAUACACUUGACCUGCAUAGGGUGCGGUACCAAUUAUCGUAGCAACUACUACAUUCCUCGUGGCUCGGAGACACGUAUCUAUUACCAAGAGUUACCCGAAUACCUCCAAGUUGACGAUCAUCACUAUGUGGAUGCCAGGCUUGCCAACCACUGGACCACGUCAUUGCUCAUUGGCGCUACGGCGGCUACAAGCUUGGCCAGGAUAUAUGAGCAGUCAUUUGGCUGCAAUAUAGAAGAGUUGACACGGCAGUACUACUCCCGCCCUCAGAUGCUCUCUCAGAAGCUUCGACGUCUCCCCUUCUCACCCAAACUGAACACCGAUCACGUCUGGACUGCCUUUAUUGUCCUUGCUCUGCUCCGUGACUGUAAGGUGCAUGGGGUGCGUCUCAGGGUCCCUCACGAUGGCGAGCAGCGAAGCUCCGCCACUAUUGUCAUGUAUGCAUGA